CGAGAUGAUGGCGGCGCUCGUGACGCGAGUGCAGCAACAGCAGGCCGCUGGUGCCGCGCCUCCCCCUUCCGCAACCUCCUCCUCCGCCUCCUCGCCCUCCGAGCUUGCCGCCGCCUUCUUCCAGCUGGCGGACCGGCUGCUGCUGUUCGCGCGGGAGCUGCUGCUGGCGGGGGCGGGCGCGGGGGCGCUGCCGGGGAUGCUGGAGUGGGCGGGAAGUGUGCUGCGCCUGAUGCGCGAACGCGACCCGGCCGCCGCGGCGCUCUCCUUCCUGAACCACCUGCUGCAAACCGCAACACGACUCACAACCGCAGCUGCCGCCUCCGCCGAGUCUGGCGGCAGCAGCAACCACCACAGCAGCACCCUCAGCAACGGAACAGCAGCAGCAGCAGCAGCAGCUGACGUCAGCAGCAGCAGCGGCAGUGAU